GAUCGGCUUAACGUGCCCAGCUCGCGACUGACAGGAACUACGCCGUUCUCGAGCUGCCAGAGGGAGUGUGCUGUUCGCACGAGCUCGUUCAAUUUGCGCUGCAAUCAGGCGAUAAGGUUUGACAGGCGAACAGAAGGAGUAAGAUAUGGAGCGGUAGAGACACUGACUUCAGAGAAAACCGCUUACGGGAGCGGAUGGACGCAGUACUGGUCCACUAGCAGCUAGUAGUACCAUGCUCCCCCGAAGUAUGCGGACAGCUGGGGUCGAUCUGCCAGGGGUAGGGUCGAAAAAAGAUGUGCCUCUCAUCAGCUACCGGCCUUUACAGACAGAGAUGGAUAGUCGUUCUGACCAAUCGAGGACAGAGUCGGACACCGGAGAACACGCCUCCUCACAGGUUGAGGCUUCCCCAAUGAAGACCACUUGGUACUGUCCACUCAACCUAUCCACUGUGUCUGAGAAGGAGGAGGAUGGCAUCAUUUACACAGUGACAGACAAACCCCAGCAUGGAGGCCCCAGUCUUCAGUCUUCAGGCCACCGCACCCAGUGUGUGAAGGCCGGCACGGAAGAGAAGCUGGUUCUUCACCUCAUCCACUCCUCCUCUAUGGACGACUCCUCCUUCAUCUCCAUCUUCCUCUCCACUUAUCGCUCCUUCACCUCCACGCAGAGGGUGCUGGACAUCCUAACAGACAGGCUGGGAAAUCCACCAGGGGAGAGCAACAGUCCAACUCGUCAGGCUUUCAACAAGGCUGUGUGCACCAUCUUCAGCACGUGGCUGAGCGAGUACCCAGAAGACUUCCUGUCACUGGGGGAGCCGACACGCCUUUUGCGUCUGACCCCUCUGCUGCCGGCUGAAGAGCCCGGGGCCGACGUCAGGGGCAGGCUGCUCAAGAUCGCAGAGGAGCUGAGCGAGAGGUCCCUAAUCGCAGAUCACCUUCCAGAUUCUUCAAACACUUCGCCCCAGACCUCUCCUCCUGAACCUUCAAAGUUUGAUGCCACCAGCAUCCUGGGAUUCCCAUCUAGUGUGAUAGCCGAGCAGCUGACCAAGAUCGAGACUGAGCUGUUUCUCAGGCUGGUUCCCUACCACUGCCUGGGUUCGCUCUGGUCCCAGCGCGAUAAGAAGGGAAAAGAAGGUCAGUGCUGGUCGGUGCGAGCGACGGUGCGGCAGUUCAACCGCCUGGCCAAUGCCGUCACAGCCUCCUGUCUGUGGCAGACGGACCUGAAGACCCAGCAGAGGUCACGCCUUCUGGAGAAAUGGAUCAGCGUAGCUGAGGCAUGUCGAGCCAGGAAGAACUUCUCAUCCCUGUAUUCCGUCGUGUCAGCCCUGCAGAGUAACCCCAUCCACAGAUUGAGGAAGACCUGGCAAGAGACAGACAGGGAGGCGGUGAAACGCUAUGAGGAGCUGGCUUACAUCUUCUCCGAGAAAGACAACUACUCCCAGAGUCGCGAGCUGCUGAAAGAAGAGGGAACUUCCAAAUCAUCUAACACAGAUCAUAAAGUCAACAACAGAAGACACACGUCCAGUGCACAGGGCACUGUACCAUACCUGGGCAUCUUCCUGACUGACCUCACAAUGCUGGACGCCGCCGUAAAAGACAGAUUGGAGAAUGGCUACAUCAACUUUGACAAAAGGCGACGGGAGUUUGAGGUCCUUGCCAAAAUCCGACUGCUCCAGUCAUCCUGCAGAAACAGCACUUUCCGAACAGACGAGUCAUUUUUGCACUGGUACCACAGUGUGCCUACACUAACUGAAGAGGAAAGCUACAGACUGUCCAAUCAAAUUGAGCCCCACGGUGAGCCAAGUCCUGGACGUGUACCACACCCGAUGGUGGUCAUCACGGAAUGUGCUGAUGCUCUCUCCGCUGUGACAAGCUCUGUUGUUGAUGCUGAUGGAAUAUUUGAUUUCCCCUCGCCUGUCAAUCACUUGCUCUCCAGGCUUGCCAAGCAUAUGAAAUCCCCCUCCGUUUCCUGUCUGGAUGUUGAUUCGUCCCCACCGCCCAAUGAUCCCACCCCCUCUGCACUGACCACACCCACUAAUGUCGUCAAAUCACAUCGUCGCUCUGUCUCCUGUGGAAACACUCCCUCCAAUAACACUCCAGGGGCAGGGCCAGAUAUGAGAAUCCUCAAGAUACGGAUGGAUUUACAAGAUGGAAAUUUAUAUCGAAGCAUUCUGGUCACCAGUAAUGACAAAACUCCCACUGUAAUCAGCACUGCAUUAGAAAAGCAUAACCAAGAACCCUGCCAGGCCUCCAAAUAUGAACUCAUCCAACUGCUUCCUGAAGGAAAAGAAUUGACGAUACCUGCAACUGGAAAUGUCUUCUAUGCUAUGAGCUCAGCUAGCAUGGACUUCCUCUUGAGAAGACAAGGGGGCAACACACCAAUUGGCUCGCCAUUACUACACAACGAGACCAGCGCAACGUUUCCUCGCAUCAAGGCUAAGGGGCGGAGACUGGUUCGAACACUCUUUUAACAUCCGAACAAUAUUUGUGCUAGUUAAAGUCAAACACAUAUAAAUAUUAAAGUGGCAGUACCUAUCCUGAAGCCCUAUGGUAUGGAAACAGUAUAUAACGACCAGCUAACAAAUACAUCCAGCUAAAACGUUGCACUUUUUCUUGCAUUUCACAGGUUCAACUUUUUCAAGUAAGACACUUUUGAGAAUAGUGACAUUUUACCGAUGUCAUAGCUCAUUCAGGGCACCUUUCUACCUCUACAGUAGUGAAAACAUUAGCUUCAGCUAAUCCAUCAAAAGACCACAGAUUACAAACAUGAAUGAAACCACAACAGAACAAUAAUGUAUGGGCACUUAAGGGUACGUACCAUGCAGGUUAAAACAUGCCUUACAGUGAACUGUUAAUAAUAGGAUACUGUUUACCACACUGCACCCACACAACAACUUCCUUUAAGGUGCUCUAUAAAAAAAAGACACAAAAACACUGCCGAUCUUGUACUUUCUCAUCAAAUAUGCAAACAUACACUUUGAAUGAUACAACUGUGAUUGUGGCUAUGUCAGAUGUCUAUUACUCAAAAACAAAUGAAUAUGGAAUAAUCCGCCAUUACUGUCCAACGUUACUUCACUUAUUAUGGUUUCAUAUGCACAGUCAUUAAGAUCACUUACUUAAAGUAAAUAAAGUGGGUGUUAGGCUGCUCAGCUAUUAAAACAGCCUGACACUGCCAGGACACUCACUGAGAAAUGCAACACUAAGUCAUUCCCUUUGCAUUAUUAAACUAGAUCUCAUCACACUGUUGGCUCUGCUGUAGUAUGUAUACAGUAAUUGGGUAUGUAGCUUUGAAACAAGCUCACUCUUCAGCUCCUAUGAAGCCUGUGCUGCUACCAGUAUCUCAUGAUGCUCUUGAAGUCUCUUAAGUUCUGAAGCACUUGAGGUAUUAGUGCAGGUCAGAGGAGCUGUUUCCAUUCUGUGUGAAUGUUUGUGGUGAAGUGCCUUACUAUUGGCUGCUCUUGCUUCUUUGCAAAUAUAACAACCCUGUCGUGCUGCUCAGGAUAAGCUGUUGUUCAGUUCUGUAUAGUCAAAAGCUGGAUUCUGACACAUUUAUGCAUUAUAUGCCACCUAUUCUUGUAUGCAAUAAAUUUUCAUUUUGAUACAUA